CCCAAAAUGAGCGGGAUCAUGGGCAAGCUGGACCCCCGGCGGAUCCAGUGGGGGGCCACGUGGUUCGCCUUCCAGUCCCGCGUCCUGCGCACCAAGCCCGUGGAGUCCAUGCUGGACAGCGCCGCCAGCGGGACGGGACCCCACGGCACCAAGUUGGCGCGCGUCCUCACCACCGUCGACCUGGUGUCGCUGGGCGUGGGCAGCUGCGUGGGCACCGGCAUGUACGUGGUGUCCGGGCUCGUCGCCAAGGAGAUGGCAGGACCCGGGGUCAUCGUCUCCUUCAUCAUCGCUGCAGUGGCCUCCAUCCUGUCAGGCGUGUGCUAUGCGGAGUUCGGCGUGCGCGUGCCGAAGACCACGGGCUCGGCCUACACCUACAGCUACGUGACUGUGGGGGAGUUCGUAGCCUUCUUCAUCGGCUGGAACCUCAUCCUGGAGUACCUGAUCGGCACGGCCGCGGGCGCCAGCGCGCUCAGCAGCAUGUUCGACUCACUGGCCAAUCACAGCAUCAGCGGCUUCAUGAUCAACCACGUGGGCACACUCAAUGGCUUGGGGAAAGGCGAGGAGUCAUACCCUGACCUCCUGGCGCUGGUCAUCGCCAUCCUGGUGACGGUGAUCGUGGCUCUCGGGGUGAAGAACUCUGUGGGCUUCAACAACGUGCUUAACGUCAUCAACCUGGUGGUGUGGGUCUUCAUGAUGAUCGCCGGCCUGUUCUUUGUCAGCGGCUCCAACUGGGACGAGGGGAGGUUCCUGCCCUACGGCUGGUCUGGGGUCAUGCAAGGUGCCGCCACCUGCUUCUAUGCCUUCAUCGGGUUUGACAUCAUCGCUACCACGGGAGAGGAGGCCAAGAGCCCCAACACCUCCAUCCCCUAUGCCAUCACAGCCUCCCUGGUGACCUGUCUGACCGCCUAUGUCUCUGUCAGUGUGAUCCUGACCCUGAUGGUGCCCUACACUGAAAUAGAUGCCGACGCCCCCCUGAUGGAGAUGUUCACGUUACAUGGCUUCCAGGCGGCCAAGUACAUUGUGGCCAUCGGCUCAAUCGCGGGGCUGACCGUCAGCCUGCUGGGCUCCCUCUUCCCCAUGCCCAGGGUCAUCUACGCCAUGGCGGGGGACGGCCUGCUUUUCAGGUUCCUGGCCCACGUGAGCACCUUCACGGAGACGCCGGCGGUGGCAUGCGUGGUGUCGGGUUUCCUGGCGUCGCUGCUGGCCUUGCUGGUCAGCCUGCGCGACCUGAUCGAGAUGAUGUCCAUCGGCACGCUGCUGGCCUACACGCUGGUGUCCGUCUGCGUCCUCCUGCUGCGCUACCAGCCCGAGAGCGACAUCCACGGCUUCGUCAACUUCCUGUCGGAGGAGAGCGCCAAGCGGAAGGAGGGCGUGCUGGCCGAGUGCGAGAAGGAGGCGUGCUCGCCCGCCAGCGAGGGCGAGGACUACGGCGGCCCGCCCACCAACACCUGCGGCGCCAAGAACCUGCCGUCGCUCGGCGACAACGAGAUGCUGAUCGGCAAGCCCGACAAGUCGGCCUACACGGCCAGCCACCCAAACUACGGCACGGUGGAGAUGGGCUCGGGCAUCGAGGCGGACGAGUCGGAGAGCGUCUACCUGAUCAAGCUGAAGAAGCUCCUGGGCCCGCGCUACUACACCCUGCGCAUCCGGCUGGGCCUGCCCGCCAAGAUGGACCGGCCCACCGCCGCCACCGGCCGCACCGUCACCACCUGCGUGCUGCUGCUCUUCAUCCUCAUCUUCCUCUUCUGCGCCUUCAUCAUCUUCGGCGCCGACUACCUGGCGGACGGUAGCUGGUGGGCGGCGCUGCUGGUGGUGCUGAUGGUGCUCCUCAUCGCCGCCCUGGUGUUCGUCAUCCUCCAGCAGCCCGAGAACCCCAAGAAGCUGCCCUACAUGGCGCCCUGCGUGCCCUUCGUCCCCGCCUCCGCCAUGCUCGUCAACAUUUACCUCAUGCUCAAGCUCUCCAGCAUCACCUGGAUCCGCUUCGCCGUCUGGUGCUUCGUGGGCGUGCUGAUCUACUUCGGCUACGGCAUGUGGAACAGCACCCUGGAGAUCACCGCCCGGGAAGAGGAGGCGCACGCCAGCACGUACCAGCGCUACGACACAGGCGUGGACGACAACUUUGCCGUGGACGACGACCUGUACCCGCCGGCGGACGACGGGGGCCAGUACCAGGGCUGGGACGCCCCCCCGGAGGGGCAGGCGCAGGGCCAGGGCCAGCAGCCCGUCAGUAUCGACAGCAACAGGACCUCCUCUCAGAGCGGCCGGCCCAGGAGUAAAGGCAAAGCCGGACAGGGCUUCGACGCCCUGAUCGCGGACGACGACUUCGACUACUCGCCCGAAUGAGAGUGCUCUCCGAAUGUACCUGUCUGUCAAAGUGGCCGUGACCUUUGGGCUUGAAUGUUAACUCUCUGUCCUUCUCCCUCUCUCCCCCCCUCCUUUUUUUAACUUUAUCAGUUUGUUUGUAGACUGCUCAUACUUUGUGACAGAUGCAGCACAGUUGUUCGUUAAAGCAGUUUUUUUUUGUUUUGUUUUGUUUUUUUAGGGAACUCUCAAAUUGGAACGGUCACAAAAAUGUAAAAUCGUUUCGGAAAUUGACCAGGCAGAAAUGACCUGUCUUUAACCAUAUUUACCUGAUUUACUAAUCUUACAAGUAAUUUACUCAAAUGAAACAGCCAAGAUUACAGCAGCGGCAAAUUGUAUAAGGAGGGACUAAGAUAAAGUUUUGAAUACGUCAGGGUAUCAUUCAGAUUAAUCAAGUACAGAGUACAAUCCCAUGACUAGAUCCGUAUGCUGUCCUGUUUAAUAAUGUUCAGACUAUUACGAUCAUUAAUGUUUUUUGCAGAGCCCCACCCCCUUCCUUUGUCAGGGGCUGACAGGAAGUACGGCCGAUCCCAUUUCCUGUGCUCAGCCCUCAAUAUCUGUCUCUGUCCGCUGAGAGAAAGUGUCUGGUUCAGGCUCUCCAUUUAUGAGAGAGGAACUGCACUCAGAUCUAGAUCUGAGCUCAGCGCUCUCAAGCUUAAAACUUAAAACGGAUUUAACAGGUUGGCAUUGAACCAAGUGGGGAGGGGGGUUAUCAAAGCACUGUUCUAUUCAUUUUGUUUGAUUCCUUUUGUAGUAUUUAUCCCUUUUCUGGUUUAUUGAUUGUGUUUAUUGUUUUAUCAAAGAGGCCAAAUGCAGGUUGUGCUGUUGUAUUUUCAGUCUUUUUAUGUGACCAAAUGCCAUUUUCAUGACUUGAUUGGUGUUGUGCUUCAGGAAGCCAGUUAAGCCCAGUCAAGCAGCCCAUGGGGUGGGUGGGGGGGGGUUGCCAAACCUGCACUUACCAAGCUCAUUAGUACCAGUUACAACGCUUCGCAAAAGGGACCUGGGAGCAGGGGCGCGAAAGCUGAGGUUUCUGCGCCCCCUCUCCCCCCCCCACAAAUAGUAAUUGGACUUUGCUUGCAUUAGUGCCUUCAUCACUCAGUGUGUGCUUCAGCAUUGAUCAUCACUGCAUCUAUCUUCGUUUUCCAGGACAACGUCGGGUGGGGGGAGGUGGGGCAGUCCAUCCGGUAGUCAGUGGUACUGGGCUUUGCUUGCACUGUUGUCAGUCACGUGUCCACCUUGCAUCAAGCCUUAGCCCUGUAUCGGUGUGUACGCUUCACGUCAGGGAAAGCCCUGUAUCUGUCCUAGUGGUCACACACCUGCUUUACGAGCAGGCAGGCUCU